AUUCAACGAAAUGACAUCUCCGAUGUUUGCAGUGUAUUGGGCAUGUCUUCUCUUGGGGAGAAUAGCUGAUACGACAGCUCUUGAACUAUCCUCAUCUUUACGUUUUGCAUCACUCAACGUCGGUGAAGAUGUGACUUUGGAAUGUUCCUUCAAAGAUAGUUCAGUGGUGAUGUUUUACUGGUACAAGCAAAGUCUGGGACAGAAACCACAGCUGGUGUCUAACUUAUAUAAGCAUGGCAAAAAUGCCAUUUUAAAUGAUGAAUUUAAGAAUGAUUCACGCUUUGAUGUGGAAACUACCAAUGGUAAAAAUUAUUUGAAGAUCUCAGAUUUGCAAAUUUCCGACUCAGCUACUUACUACUGCAUAAUUGGCUAUUCAUAUGUGUAUGAAUUUGCGGAGGGCAUUAUGAUUCACGUUAAGGGUUCAGGUUUGAACAUCCCAGCUUUGGUCCAUCAGUCAGCAGCCGAGACCAUCCAGACAGGUGUGACUCUGAACUGUACAGUACACACUGGCAGCUGUGAUGGAGAACACAGUGUUUACUGGUUCAAAAACUCUGAAGAAUCUCAUCCAGGACUCAUUUACACCCAUGGAGGCAGGAAUGAUCAGUGUGAGAGGAAACCCAACGAACAAACACACACCUGUUUCUACAACCUGCCAAUGAAGAGCCUGAAUCGUUCUCAUGCUGGGACCUACUACUGUGCUGUUGCCUCAUGCGGACACAUACUGUUCGGAAACGGGAUCAAGCUGGACUUUCAUGAUGAACACUCUCUUGUCUUGGUGAAUUUCUUGAGCGGAGCUUUAGCCUUCACCACCAUACUGGUCGUUGUCCUGACUUACACGGCGUUUACAAUGUACAAGACGAAAAGCUGCAAAUGCUCAGACUCUCAGGAAAGAUCAACUGCCUCGGCGACCAAUGCAGAGGGUUGCCAAGAUGCAGACAACUUGCACUAUGCUGCUUUAAGGGAAAACAACAACAGAUCGACGAGACAGAGAGACAGCACAUGUGAAUGUGUGUACUCCGGUGUAAGGCAGUAGAACUGGACACGUUUCCCUUGUUCUUUGUGUAAGAUGUACCUUGCAAAGCAUCAAUUAAACCGUUCUUUCAGCUACA